AUGAGUUACGUUAUGAAAACUGAUGCUGAAGAAAACGUUGAAGAAGAGGCUAUAAUUCCUGCUGAUGGUAGUGUUGUUGGAGGAAAUGGGAAACGAGGUGUGGAAGAUUAUGACGAUUGUUUAUUGUUGAGCCCAAAUUUUAAGAUUAAAGUUGGGAGUAAUAAUGUGACAGAAAUUAUACAUCUUUCUGACAGUGAACAUUCAAGUGGACUUAGAGAAGUUAUAGUGACAGAGUGUGAUACUUAUGAUGAUGAAUCAAGCGAAAGUACGAGGGGUACAAAGAAACUUGUUAGAGAUUAUUUGAAGGAAGAAUUCCCGGGUAAACUUGAUAGCACUCCUUCUGCACAUGAAAUAAUAGACCGUGUAAAAGCGAAGUAUGGCACAACCGUAACAUAUUUGACGGCGUUACGAGGGAAGCAUAAAGCUGAAAGUGAGAUUCGAGGUGAUCAUGCUGAGCAUUUUAGGAAGCUUCCUGGAUGGUUGCACAUGUUGCAGAAGAGAAAUCUUGGAACAAUUGUAAGUCUUGAAUUAGACACGGAUUGUAAAAGCUUCAAAUACCUCUUCAUCGCAUUGGGUGCAACGGUUAGAGGAUGGAAUUACAUGUGUAAAGUGGUUACUAUUGAUGCAACAUUUCUGACAGACCAGUACAAGGGUACAUUGGUUGUUGCAACCGCACAAGACGGUGACUACCACCAAUAUCCAUUGGCGUGGGGUAUUAUCGAUAGAGAAAAAGAUGCAUCACGGAAGGUAACAGAGGCAUGGGAAGAAAGAGUUGUAGAGGUGAAAACCGUCGCAGAAAGGUUCUUCAAAUGCGCGGAAGCUUAUACGUUACACGAGUUUGAAGAACAGUUUACUGAUCUUAAGAAUAGGUAUCCUAAAGUUGCCGAGUAUAUGCAGAAAGAAGACCUUGAUCCCGAGAAAUGGGCGAGGACUAAAUUUAAGCGUGAAAGGUACAACUUGUUGACUACAAAUGGGGCUGAAUCAAUCAACACUGUGUUGAAGAAAGCAAAAAGGUUUCCGGUGCUAGGCGUACUUGAUAUUUGUCUUUCAAAGACUGUGGAAUGGUUCGAUCGGCGUCGAUUGGAAGCAAGAUCUAUCGAUGAUUCUCAAAAACUGACACCAUAUGUUGACAAAGUGCUACAUGAACGUUACGAGAUGGCAUGUACGUACGAGGUUAAUGUGCUGAACUCUAUUACAGAGGAGUUUGAGGUGACUGGUGAAAAGGGUAGAAAAUACUUAGUCAAAAUUGGAGAUAGAUCGUGCAGUUGCAGAUUAUUUGAUAUUGAUAAGAUCCCAUGCAGUCACGCAAUUGCAGCACUUCAUAAGGUUGGGAAAGCAAAUAAGAUACCAGACCUGUGUUCUCCAUACUAUUUGCGCGAGUCAUGGCGUCAUGCUUAUGAAGCAACUAUGUAUCUGAUCCCGGAUUGUUGUGAAUAG